AUGGCAGCGCCUGGGCAGUUCCCGCUGCUGGUCAAGGGGUCUUGGGACCCAGACCCUCCGAAGACCUUGAUCCAGGAGUUGCAAACGUACUUCCAGAGCAGGAAGAAGUCAGGCGGAGGGGAGUGCGAGGUUGUCCCUCGGCCCGGGAGCCCAGCGAGCUUCUUGGUGCUCUUCUCUCUGGAGGAAGUUCGGCAGAAUGUUCUAGAGAAAGGGAAUCAUGAGUUAGUGUGGCCAGGGAAAGGGACAUUCAAGUUAACUGUCCGGUUGCCCGAAGACCCAGAUGAAGCCUCAGUCUCUAAGGAGGCAGUUCCCGAAAAGGAAUCGAAGACUAAAAAAGGUGCUGCAGGAAAAGAUACCAAAAAAUUUAUUAGUAAUCGUAUCCAUUACUAUUCGAACCGACAGCUGCAGCUUUCCCCGAGACUUCUGGAAACAACAAAUAUUGUUAGGGUAGAAAACCAGAUUGAACAGAGCCUGAAGGAGAAAGUGGCCAUUUCUCCGGGGAAACAUUUUCUUUUGCAACACAGUGGUUUCCUGGAUGAUCUAAGGAAAGAGAACCCAGAGAUGGAGAUUCAUUACGAUGCUGCCACUCAGCACCUGUGCUUUAAGGGAUUCCGUGCAGAUGUGUAUAAAGUAAAGUGUGACAUCCUAGAAAAGGUGUAUUCCAUGCCUCAGAAAGACGUCCUGAUUCCUUCUGAAGUCUUCAUGUUUCUGCAGCAAGUAGGCAGUCAGGAAUUCUCCAAGACUCUUUUUGAAGCACAGAAAAUUCUUGCCAUGUCUGAACUGAAAGGUACAGCUCUUCUCUUGACGGCCUGUUCUUUCAGAGCCCUGGCAGAAGCAGAGAAGAAAAUGCUUGAUGCUUUGAGUUAUAAAAUCAUUAAAGUUGAAGACAAGGAAGUUUUCAGAGGCAAUGUGUGGAAAAAGAAAAUUCACUCGCUGCAAAAAAGACACUCCUCCACUGCAUGCAUUACGAUAAAGGAUGAAUUAACUUCAGGAACCCAGGCAGAGGUCAUCAUUGCAGGCUGUGUGAAAGAAGUAAAUGAAAUCCAUGGACAACUUUUUGAGUUCUUGGAAAACACCAUGGAAAUUGAAAGACUGGUUGAAAUUGAACAAGUCUUGAUUAUUAAGUACUUAAGGGCAGACAAGAAGCUAUUCCAGGCAAAGAUAAAGAAGGCCAAUGUGCAGGCAUAUUUUAAGCUGGAAGAUGAACCAAAAGGCAUUCUACUAACUGGCUCCAAGAGUAAAGUUCUAGAAUGCGUGGACAUGGUCAGGCAAAUCCGGGAUUCAGUCUGCAUUAAAAGGUUCCAGAUUGAUAAGCCUGGUGCUAGGCACUUCUUCCAGGACAAAGCAUCCUAUUACAAAAGUGAGAUCAAACGCCUGUAUGGAUGCAUCAUUGAGCUCCAGGAGGGAGCAGAGAAGGACAAAGGCAGCCUUAAAGAGCAGAAGUGCCUCUUACAGAAGGACAUAGCCCCUGGAGUCACGCUGAUUGUACAGCAGGGAGACCUGGCUCGGUUUCCUGCCGAUGUGGUUGUGAAUGCAGCAAACAAGAAUCUGAAACACAUUGAUGGUCUGGCCCUCGCUCUUUCAAAUGCAGCUGGUCCUGAACUUCAAGCAGAAUGUGACAAAAUAGUGAGAAAUGGUCGUGUGGUCCUAAUUGGCAACGCGGUUAUCUCAAAACCAGGCAAGCUCCCUUGCCAUCAUGUCAUCCACGCAGUAGGGCCUCGAUGGGACGGAAAUAAGGCCCAGGAGUGCGUGAGCCUGUUGAAGAGAGCUGUGGAACGAAGUCUCACCUUAGCUGAGGAGGUCAAGUGUCAAUCCAUAGCCAUGCCAGCUAUCAGCUCUGGAAUCUUUGGCUUUCCCUUAGACCUGUGUGUGGCCACCAUUGUUUCAGCCAUCAAAGACAACUUCCAACGCCAGACAGACAGGCGCACCUUGAAAAAGAUUUAUCUGGUGGACAUAUCUGCAAAGGUUGCUGGAGCCUUUGCUGAAGCUGUAGAAACUACAUAUAAAGCCUCCCUCUCCCCAACAGCUUCCCAGUCCAGUUUAUCAGCGUUAGAAUUAGUGUCACCUGAAAAAACACCACAGACACCGCAGACACAGGACUAUGUGCUGGUGUCCCCAGAAGGCCUGAAAAUCCGGCUGGUGGAAGAAGGUGUGCAGAAUGCUAAGACUGAUGUCGUUGUCAACUCCAUUCCCUCGGAUCUUGCACUCAAUAAAGGACCCCUUUCUAAGGCUUUACUGGAAAAGGCCGGGCCAAAACUCCAGAAGGAACUGAAUGAAGCAGGACAGGGGGUCUCUGUUAAGGAAGGCACAAUCCUACAAACCAGUGGCUGUAACCUGAACUGCCACCACGUAUUUCAUGUGGUCGUUCCACAGUGGAAAGUCAACGACACUGCAUGGUCACUAAAGAUCAUGAAAAACAUCAUCAGAGACUGUCUAGGAACCGCUGAGGCACUGUCUCUGCAAUCAAUUGGAUUUCCAGCAAUAGGAACAGGAAAUCUGAGGUUUCCUAAACCUGAAUUUGCUAAAUUGAUAAUUUCAGAAGUGCUCAAGUUUAGUAGCAAGAACCAACUGAAAACUUUACAGGAAGUUCAGUUUCUGCUGCACCCGAAAGACGUGGAAAACAUUCAGGCAUUUUCAGAUGAAUUUGACAAAAGGAGUCAUGGAAAUCCAAGUGACACCCAAGGUUAUUAUGGGAGUCUCUCAAGCCCAACUUUAGGAGUGUAUGAAAUGAAUAUUGGCCCAAUCCUCUUCCAAGUGGCCAUGGGGGACAUCACCAAAGAAAUGGCAGAUGUGAUUGUCAAUUCAACAUCAAACACAUUUGAUCUCAAAUCAGGAGUCUCCAAAGCAAUUUUGAAAGGUGCAGGACCAAGUGUGGAGAAAGAAUGUUCUGUCUUGGCUCAGCAGAACAGUGAGUACAUAGUUACUCAAGGUGGAUCAUUGAGAUGCAAGAGUAUUAUUCACGUUGAUGGUGGGAAUGACGUGAAGAGAUCAGUUUCCUGUGUUUUGGAAGAAUGUGAACAACGGAACUACUCAUCCAUUUGCCUACCAGCCAUUGGCACAGGAAGUGCUCAACAGGACCCAGAUGCAGUUGCUAAAGCCAUAAUGGAUGCCAUUGAAGAAUUUAUCCAGAAAACAUCAGUGCAGGCUGUGAAGAAAGUCAAAGUUGUUAUCUUCCAACCUCAUAUCCUGAGUGUUUUUUAUGACAACAUGAAACACAGAGAAGGCUCCCCAGCUCCUCCCUUGCCGUCUCUACUGUCUAUGAUCACCUCCCUUUUUGACUUUUUAAAGGACACUCCGCACAAACAGAACACCCUGGUUUUGGAGAAGAAAAUAGAACAGACAGUUUUCCAGGUAUGUGGCAAAGAUGAAGACAGUGUGGAACACACGAUCUCCUGGAUACAGAACCUGAUCACCCAGGAGCAGCUAUCCUAUAGCAGUGAUGAUGAGUGUGUCAGAGACUUUGGUGAGAAGGAGUACAAGAAGCUGAAUGAGCUGCAGGAGAGGCUGAACAUCGUCAUUGAGCUGGACCAGAAGACAGCUUUGAUUAAAGUUACAGGAAUCAGCAGAGAUGUGAUAGAAGCCAGAGAUGAGAUUGAAAACCUGAUCAAGAGCAUCCGAUUGGCUAAAGAGAAGGAAAGCCAGGCAGACUAUGUCCUCACAUUCGUGGAAUGGCGAUAUAUUGUCAACAACGUCACACACUGUUUCGAUAAAAUAACUACCAUGCAGUUGGAGAACGCACGGCAGGCAAAGCACAGGAGCACUGUUGUCAAAAUUAAUAAUCAGGACUUCACAGUGAACUUGAGCACAAACACGGCCACAGGCCCUCAAGGACAGAAUAUCACUGUGCAGCGCAUCUUAAAAGAUGAAACUGAAAUCCCUUCAAAUUGGAGCGACAUGGGGCAGAAGAAAUUGCUUGUGGUCAGUCUGCAAACCAGUGAUCCUGAGUAUGUCACGGUGGCAAACCAGUUCCACCAGACCUGCCAGAGCAUCAUCAUAGAGAAGAUCGAAAGGAUCCAGAAUCCUGCUCUCUGGAGGAGGUACCAGGCAAACAAAAAAAUUAUGGAUGAAAAGAAUGGCCAUGAAAGAAAUGAGAAACAACUCUUCCAUGGGACAGAGGCUAGCUCUAUUCCACAUCUCAACAGCAAUGGAUUUAACCGCAGCUAUGCUGGGAAGAAUGCCACAUGCUAUGGGAAGGGAACCUAUUUUGCUGUCAAUGCUUCCUAUUCAGCUGCUGAUACAUAUUCCAGACCAGACGCCAAUGGGAAGAAGUAUAUGUAUUACGUGCGGGUUCUCACUGGAAACUACACAACUGGAAACCAGUCACUGAUUGUGCCUCCUCCACGGGACCCUAAAAAUCCUACUGACUUGUACGACACUGUCACAGAUGAUGAGAAAAAACCAAGUUUGUUUGUAGUGUUCUAUGACAACCAAGCAUACCCGGAGUAUCUCAUCACCUUCAUGCAUUUCCUGCAAGACAAAUUUUAACUGUCUUCCUCCUUGUGCUUGCUCUUCUUUGCCAUGGACAUUUCCUCUGCUGCUUCUCCAUGGUGGAAAUGAAUCUACUCAAAAGGCAAUCUAAUUAAAAAUUUAAUUGAAAAAUCUAAUUGAAAAUUCAGAAAAUAGCUGAAGCUCUGCUGUCUCAAAUGUGACAGUUACACUGUCAUGAACUUUCAGGAAGCUAUGUAAAUCUGGGUGCCACCAGUGGAAUUGUGUUGGAGUGCCACUGUGCUGUGGGGGGACACAGUGUCAUUGAGCCAAUAAGGCUGCUAACCUCCAACUGAACAGAUGCAGAGCAGAGACUUUCUUUCUUUACUGCCAGUCCUGUGCCAUGUGGGCUGGACAGCUCCAGGCAAGGCUAUGUACAAACUGGAUGCUGGCAUAUGGCUCGUGGUCGGUGUGAACUGAGCUACAAGAAGAGGCACAGCUCAGAAGCUGUGGCCACAGUUGCAAGAAGUUCCUUUUAAUGUCAACCCCAAUGUUCUGGCAACCUACUGAAAUUAAGGGGAUAACCCCUGCUGCAUCUCCAGGGGAAAGCCUUCCACCCCGUGAAAAUGAGUGAAUGCUAAGGACCCUGCUAGCAUCUUUCCCAUGGCAGGCCAGCUUAUGAUGUGUGUAAGCCAAUUAGUCAGGUUCCUAACUCAGUGUCUACUGGAUGGUAAUUCUUUCUUGUGGUACUGGAGACUAAACCCAGGGCCUCACAUAAGCCAGGAAUGACUCUACCACUGAACUACACAGUCCCAGCCCUAUUUACUUUUUAUGUUGAGGCAGGAUCUCGUUUAGUUGCACAGACUGCCUCUGAUAUCCUUCCAUAGCCUUGGCAGGCCUUGAACUCACUCUCUUCCUGCUUCGGCCACAUGUCGGAGGCCUGUGUCACCAGACCUGGCUAACGUUGUUCUUCUAAUUUUCUCCUGUCAAUUUCAGACUCAGUGCCAUUUAUUGAGUGCCUAGAUUUUGCCAGGUAGAGUGAGAGAUGCGGUCAUAAACAUGACCUUGUUCCCAUGAAUAGUGCAUUGGGAAGAGUUUUUCCCAUAUUUCAGGACUUAAGGGAACAUGUUCAGAGCACAAGAAAUGUCCUUGUCUGAGCUUACCAGGGCAGGAACCCUGAGAGCCAGCUUACUGAGUCUUGGUGCUGGUGUCCAGUCCUUCUCUAUUCCCACCACAGGACCUGGCCUUGAGAGAAGCAAGUGCUGUUUUGGCCAUCGUUCAGUGGCCAUCACACAGUGACCAUCACAUGGUGUCUAUCACACAAUGAUGUCCAUCAUUCAGUGGCCAUCACACAGUGACUAUCAAUGAGUGGCCAUUACUCAGUGUCAAUCACAUGGUCAUUACAUGUGACCUUCAUGCAGUGACCACCACAUGGCGUUUAUCAAACAAUGUCCAUCACACAGUGGUCAUCACAGUUGCAAGUAUCUCAUGUCUGUGAAGUGACCUCAGAUUUCCCUGACUUUUUUCCUUCUGAAUUUGGUGUCCACUGUACUUCUUUUAGGAGUUCUGUAGGCCAAGGAGCUAGUGCUGUGUGAUGUUCUCGGGUGGCACAUCCUGGGUGUUGGGAGGAUUAAGGUGCCACUUCCCACCAUAGGGAUCACCAGGAGACCUCAGGUGGAGCAGGGGUCACCAUUGCUGCCACAACAACACAGAGGACUUGGAACCUCUGCUGCUGUUUCUAAGUGGGCUAGCACAGACUGUGGCUUAGGAGGGGCUGGCUUCCUCUGCACUGGCAUCUGAACUCAGUACCAACAGCUUUCUAGGAAAUGGAAUAAAAAUGAGAGGUCGAUUUCAUCUGGUUUUGUUCUCCAGAGGUUUAGUUAACUCAGGGCAAGGCUGAAUAGCCAGAUGUUACACUGUGGAAUAAAGACCCAACCAGCAAAUGUCACAGUCAACUUCAGCCUUUCCUCACUUCUAGUAAAAUUACUUGAAAAAUGU